AGUCGUAUCCUUCCACGAGAUUCGGCACCAUAGAUGUUGAAUAAAAAUCGCGACCGUAGAAACGUGAAAGGAAGCGGUAGAUAGUAGGUCGUAGGUGAUAAAAUGAUCAUGACGAGUGGUCCAAGUGAAUUUUUCAUUUGUACCUCAUUGACGAAUUAACUACGAAAUCGUCGCGAGAAGGCUUAAUGCGCGCCUCAAGAAGCGUCACGGAGAAGUAAAAGAGAACAGAGGACAGGCCGUGAUCGACGGAAGGGGAAGCCGAGGAGAAGAGACAAGAACCGGGACGGAAGAUGAGGUACAAGGUAAGCGAUCCCGAAGCGAACGACCAGGGUGAUGCAGCUGCGAACGAGAUGCCGAAGAAAGGAUCUGUGCUUUCUUGGCAUUACGGCCAGGCCAAGGAUGAGAAGAAUUUUGGCGGAAAGGAAAGGAAAUUGACGGUAAUCGUCGGUUUGUUAACAGUAACCGUAAUUACGCUGCUAGUCGUGUUAACCCUGCAGAUCGUCAUUUUUCGUACCGAGGAGUACAAAGAGAUGUGCCAGAGUGAAGAAUGCGUGAAGACAGCCGCCAGGGUAAUAGAAGCGAUGAACAGAUCCGUAGAUCCUUGCGAAGAUUUUUAUAAAUUCGCCUGCGGCGGUUGGAUCUCGAAGAAUCCGAUACCGCAAAGUCAAACUUCCUGGGAUCAAUUAAGCGUGCUGAGGGAACAGCUGUUGAAAAAUCUAACGAUUCUGCUGGAAGAAUCGGACGAGGGGAAUCAAUUGCGAUCCGUUCAAUUGGCUAGAGCUUUGUAUAGAACUUGUAUGGACACAGCAAGCCUGGAGGCUUUUGAAUUGAAGCCGAUUCACGAAACGCUAGCCACGCUUGGUCUACCAAAGGAUCCACCAUUGAACGACGAAGUCACGGCUCUAGAUCUUCCCAAGUUUGCUGGGACAGCGCUACGAAUGUUAGGCUUGAACAUAUUUCUAAAUUUCUACGUGACCGAAGAUAUACGAGAUACGACGAGACACAGAAUUAUGAUGGAACAAGUAUCGCCAGGUUAUAGCGAGCGUUAUCUGCUCGAUCCAUUGCGGUUUCAAACGGAAUUAAACGAAUACAAGAAGUAUAUUAAAGCUAUGAUGGAGCUGGCUGGCGCUGGUAAUAAAAGUGCCGAUUUUGCCGAUGAAAUCUUAAGCUUUACUACCAAAGUCGCGUAUAUCAUGGCGACGCCGGAAGAGAGACGUAGCGCGAAUCAUCGGAUUCACGAUGUAACGAUCGACAGAUUGCAACAGCUGACUGAUUUACGAAUGCAACAGUGGAAUUGGACGAGAUAUUUUGAAGCGGUGUUCAACCGGACGAACACCACGAUAAAUACCAGCGAGGAUCAUGUGAUCAUAUUGGAUCUACGCUAUUUGCAGAAACUGCCCGAAUUGCUAUCGGCCACUCCGACAUCUACGUUAGCUCGUUUCGUCUGGUGGAGCGUUUAUUCAACGGUUGCCCCGUUGACGUUACAACAAUUCCGGGAUCUAGGCUUUCGAUUCUCGCAGAAAGUUUUCGGCCUGAAAGAGAAGACACCGAGAUGGAAGGAGUGCACGGUAAACGUGAACACGAAUUUCGGCAUGGCUCUCAGUUAUAUUUACGCGAGGAAACACUUCGACGAUCAGGCCAGAGAAAAGGCAUUAGAAAUGUUGCUGGACAUCAGGGCUGCGUUCGACGAGAUGGUCGCUGAACUAGAUUGGAUGGACGUUGAGACGAGAGCUCGAGCGCACAGAAAGUUGCACGCAAUGAGACCGUUCGUAGGAAUUCCGGAAUGGAUCACCAAUUCGUCCAGGCUGGAAAAAUUUUACGAGGGGAUGGACGUUGUACCUGGACGAUUGUUCGACACGUUUCUGAUGCUGACUAACAAGAGCCUUACGAAGAGCUUGAACAGUCUGAGGGAAAAAGUGGACAAGAAUCGAUGGAUAACAGCUGGUACAACGGUGAACGCGUUUUACAGCCUGACAUUAAACUCAGUUACUUUUCCAGCCGGAAUUUUGCAUCCUCCGUUUUAUGGAAAUGGGUUAGAGUCAAUCAACUACGGUGCAAUGGGCGCGAUAAUGGGUCACGAGCUCACCCAUGGAUUCGACGAUCAAGGUCGUAGGUUCGACGAGAACGGGAACCUUCGGCAGUGGUGGAGUACCGAGACGUUGCAACAUUAUCAUGAAAAAGUCGAGUGUAUGAUUAAACAAUACAGCAGCUAUCACUUGCCGGAGCUGGGCAAUAAUUUUACGGUGAACGGCGUUAAUACACAAGGAGAGAACAUUGCCGAUAACGGUGGCAUACGAGAGGCUUAUAGAGCGUAUCAAAGGCUGAAAACGAGAAGCGUUAAUCGACAAGCUUUACCAGGUCUUGCCACGUAUACCCAAGAGCAAUUAUUUUUCGUAGGUUUCGCGCAAGUAUGGUGUGGAAACGACACGAAUGGCGCUUUGAAAUCUAAAUUGAUACAAGGAGUUCACGCGCCGAAUCAUUUCAGAGUUAUCGGAACUUUAUCGAAUAACGCAGAAUUCGCGAAAUCCUGGAAUUGUCCAGUUGGAAGUCCCAUGAAUCCACCUCACAAAUGUAUUCUGUGGUAAUUCGCACUCA